AGGAUUGAGAGGUCCACGCUGUUUCCAGCCAUGAAACAGUAUGCGGGUUUAGGCUCGCCUCAAUUUACAGAAAAGGAUUAUCCUUCCUUUGAAGGCAAAGUAGUGAUUGUAACUGGAGCUAGCGCUGGAGUUGGUUAUGAAGUUGUGAAAUUGUUAUCAAGAUCCACUAAAGCUAAAAUAUAUGCCUUCGGAAGAAAUCCGGAAAAAACUUUAGCUGCAAUGAAACGAUUAGAAAUUGAAGUGGCUAGUGAGUUUAAUAAAACCAAUUUAGAUAUUCAUUACAUUGAAAUUGAUUUCAGUGAUUUGACUACCAUCAAACCAGCUGUUGAAAAAUUUCUUGAAAAAGAGACUAGGUUAGAUUUAAUUAUUCACAAUGCGGCUGUAAUGUCACCACCAUUAGGAACUGUCACCAAACAAGGUUAUGAAUUACAAUUAGGAACCAAUAAUAUUGGUCCACAGUUAUUACAAAAACUUUUAGAUCCAUUAUUCAUUGAAACUUCAAACAAGAAUAAUCAUGGUGAGUCUAGAAUUGUUUGGGUUUCAUCUAACGCAAGCUUCAGUGCUCCACUUGGUGGUAUACAUCUUCCUGAUCCUAACUUUAGAACAACAGAAGCUUUGCCGUGGAUCCUCUAUAGUCAAACUAAGGCUAUCAACAUUUUACAGUCUAAGUAUUGGUUAAAGGCUAAUCCAGAAGCAACAAAUGUUACAAGUGUAUCAUUAAGUCCAGGUAUAUUGAAAACAGAAUUGCAACGAAAUAUCACUGGUUUACAAUCCAUCAUUCUAUAUUUUAUACUGCAUUUGCCUAUCUAUGGUGCAUACACAGAAUUAUUUGCAGCAUUCUCUCCAGUGGUCAAAUCUGGUGAUUAUAUAGAAAGUUUUGGCAAAAUAGGUUCUUCAAGAUACGAUCUUGAUGAUCUAGAAUAUGCUAAGAACGCAUAUGAAUAUUUGGAAGAGCAAAUUAAAGAUUAUCUUUAA